CUUCGUUCAGUUCGGUUUAGCAGCCAACGCAGCAAGGCCGUUCGAAUACCGGAGGGUGGGUGUACCAGUGUACUUCCCCGGCUCGGUUGAGGGAUUUCCGUCCGCCCGUUCCGAAAAAGGGUUACCACCGGUUGUUGUGCCAUAAGCGUGUUCGGAAAUUGGAAAUCCAGCGGCGGACGACUCAGUCGCCUUCGAACGGUCAACCGGUGCGCACGUGCUUGAGCAUUUGUAUUGGUCUGCGCGGUGUUUUAUAUCUUCCCCUCCUCUGCUACGAGCAAAACGUGUCCACCGGGGCCGGGUGUAUCAGUCUGUUUGUGCGCUAUUAAAAGUGUUUUUGUUUCUUCUUCUUCUAAUUGCGUGUGUGUCAGCGGUUUGACGUUUGAAAAUUUGCAAUAAACCUGCACCUGCUGCGUGUAGCUGCUGUGUGUAGGACGGGUAACACUUGUAACACAAACACACACCCACACGAGACAGGUGUGUGGAUGUAAACGGUUAAGCUUUGAAAAGCGAAAGCACACACUCCAGUACUCGGUGUGACAGAUAGUGAAGUGUUUUGUCGUUUCAGUUCCGCAACAGAACCGCAGAGGUGCCAAGUGCAUUGUGAUCUGUUCUGUACAAUUCUUUACAGUGAUUUCUAAGCACGCGUUGUGUGUUUGAAUUUGAAUAAGUUGCUCGUUUAGCUUAGCGAAACUUUGACGUGACCUUUCCCGCCGGCGUUAACAGUGCUUGGUGGAUGUGCGACGGCGUUUAAUACGGGGCCAAUCGCCACCGAUUACUUCAUUUACGCACUGAUCAACUAAGCCCAUCGCGACAGCCGCACAUCAGCGGGCCGUCGGGCAGUGGUAACGCUGAUAAGCGCAAUAUCGGAAUCGAAUGAUUCCGCAACAAUUACCAUCAGCUGUGGAGUAGACCCUCCCAUCUUCCCCCGUCUCUAUCCCUCGCCAAGUCGUUGGUUGCUGAUACUGAUUAGGGCUAUUGCUCUAGUGCCACUCCGCGGAGGGUUAAAGUGUGCUGUGCUGUCGGCCCUUCAAGUACGCGUGAUCGUGCAACAAAAGCGUGCGGAAGUGAAUAACCCUGGCCGUGCAACAGUGUAUUUGUUUGAUAUUGAGUAGCUGUGUUUAAGCGUGCGUGUGUGUGUGUGUGUGUGCGGUUCAGCCACGCGGUUCACUUGCGGGCUACGAGCGGGCUAAAGGCACGCACCGAAAAACACAAAACAAAAACAAACCCGCGCACACAGAAGCUAACCCGGUCGGACUGCCGCUGGAACAGGGUGAACCGGUUCACCUGGGUGAAUCCCACCCGAACGUGUGGUGUGGUCACUGCAUCUCUCACCUGUCUGCCGCCGUGGAAGAGCUUUGCGGUUUGUGGGUUUUGGCUUUCGUGCAAGGCGUAUGUGUGCGACGGCGCCCCGUUCCGAUCCGUUGAGUAAUCUACUUUGCAUCCUGUAAACCAGCAACACCGCUUUGCACCACCGAGAGGCAAAUCCAUUAGCAGGCCUGCAGCACUCCUCUUGCAAAUCCCACCCUUAGGGAGUUCAUUUUGCAGGCUAAAUGCAGCGAGCACUUUCCACUGAAUUGAAAACAUCACCUCCUCACUCAGACUGCAGCUUCCAAAAAUAGAAUCCCGGCUCGGCCCGUGGUACCGGCGCAUUGCGAGGAUUAGCACCGGCAAACUCUUGCACGCGAGCAUGCUCCACCGUGCUCCGAGACGCUCGACGUCCAAACAGCCCACCUAACGAGGUGCCUGCAGCACCGGCGCAACGAGGGAAAUAAAUCAAUAGAUUUGUUUCAUUAUUAAUAAGCCGGAUCCGGGGUCGCAGCGGUGUAAGUGGCGUGGCCCAUAUAGCGCGGCGAGGCGUGAAAAUUAUUCCCAAACCCCAUCCGUGGGAUGGAUCGAUAAGGCUGAAGAAGAUAUUGAUUGCGGAAAACGGAUACGUGUGCCAAUGAGUGCGAGGAGCAGCAAAUGCGGAAUCGUGGUUCGAUUUAAUUCGCACGAAAAAGAUGUAUUAAGCAUCGCACAAUAAAAGACACAUUCCGUUGUGGAAACUGGUACUCAAGCAGGGAGUGUGUAAGAGGAGUGGUAAAGAAAGGCGCAAAGAAACCAUUUUUAUAACGAAAUGUAACAUGACAAUAAAUCCAGUACCUUACUACUACUUUUAAUAUUGCUCUUGCAAAACCUGUCUACCGCACACCAGAGCCGGUACGAACGGAUAUCGAUACGAAGGAGAGGUCACGAGUUGGCAGUUUAUAAAACUGAAGCGCAUCGAGCAGAACAACGUAUGGCGUAAGGCUAAACUUAUCCACCGAAAAAAAAAAACACAAAAAGCCAUAGUGUUAAGAGAUCAAGAGAGAGAAAGAGAGAGUAAAAGACAAAUCGGGAGGGCAAAAGUUUUGAUAAGUAGAAAAGUCAUCAUCAUCGCCGUCGGGAACCCUUCCCUUUUCGCCGCAUUUCGCAAUGGAUCUGAAGCAUUCCAACGUGCCGGAAGUGACGGUCGUCGCUGACGCGUACAUGCCGGGCAGCAAGUCGUCGGAUCUGAUCAAACCGCCGGCAACCAAUGGAUCGAAUGCGACACUCGACAAACCGGCCCUGCCAGCGGGUGAGUUCCGGAUGUACAGCCGGCGCUGGCUGGUGCUGGCCAUCUUCGUGAUGUAUUCCGCCUCGAAUGCGCUGCAGUGGAUCCAGUACAGUAUCAUCGCAAAUAUCGUGCAGCGAUACUACAACAUCACCAGCACCUGGGUCGACUGGACGUCUAUGAUAUUCAUGAUCCUGUACAUUCCGCUCAUCUUUCCGGCCAGCUGGAUUCUGGAUAAAUUGGGGCUACGAAUUGCUGCCAUCAGCGGUGUGCUCGGUACGUGUAUCGGUGCCUGGGUCAAGUGUUUCUCCGUCAGUCCGGACCUGUUCUGGGUGGGCUUCGUCGGCCAGUCGAUAGUGGCCGCCUCGCAGGUGUUUAUCCUGUCGCUGCCGGCCAAGGUAGCGGCCGUCUGGUUCGGACCGGAUCAGGUGUCGUCGGCCUGCAGCAUCGGCGUGUUCGGUAAUCAGCUUGGCAUAGCGGUCGGGUUUCUUGUGCCACCGAUGCUGGUGGAAAACCAUGACGACAUCAACCUCAUCGGUGAUGACCUACGGCUGAUGUUUUACAUUGUGGCUGGCUUCACGUCCGUGCUGGUCGUGCUGGUGCUGUUCUUCUUCAAGGCGGCACCGCCGACACCACCGUCCGCUGCACAGGAGGCGACGAAAACGCCCAACCCGCUGCAGUCGUCACCGUUCCUGCACUCGAUCAAGCGCCUCAUGCUCAACCGGAACUACGUGCUGCUGCUCAUCUCGUACGGCAUGAACGUGGGAGUGUUCUAUGCCAUCUCCACGCUGCUGAAUCAGAUCGUCCUGACGCACUAUCCCGGCCAUGAGGUGGAUGCGGGCCGCAUUGGCGUGUGUAUCGUGUUCGCCGGCAUGCUCGGAUCGGUCGCCUGCGGUAUCGUGCUCGAUAAGACGCAUCGAUUUAAAGAAACUACACUUGCCGUGUACAUUUUCACCAUGAUCGGUAUGUGGAUCUACACCUUCACCCUUUCGGUCGGUCACAUUGCUGUGGUGUACGUCACCUCCGCCCUGUUGGGCUUCUUCAUGACCGGUUACCUACCGGUUGGGUUCGAGUUUGCAGCCGAGCUGACGUACCCGGAACCGGAAGGCACCUCGACCGGGCUGCUGAACGCGGCGGCCCAGGUGUUCGGUAUCACCUUCACCAUGCUCUACUCGGAGCUGCUCAACACGAACGGUGACAUCGUGGCGAACGUAACGAUGGCUGUGAUGCUGCUGGUCGGCUCCGUCGUAACCGCCGUCAUACGGUCCGAUCUGAGGCGCCAGGCCGCCCAGAACCCGAACCCGUAAGGCGACCUGCCUCCCGCAACCCAACGGUUAAGAUAAGUGAAAUGUUUUAGCAGUUUUAGUGGUUUAAGGUUUUUCGAGGGGGUGGAUGGAAGAAGACGAUCGUUAUGGUGUCUUCUUUGUCAGGUUUGUGUCUCGCCUGGGACGUAAAAUGUUGGCAUUUUUAUAUUUGUGUUUAGAUCAUUUCAUUUAUUUAGGAACAUUUCAAGCGAAACUGUUUUUUAUUUUACAUUUAACGGAACAAGGAUGCGUGCAAUGUUUCUCUAUUAUAUUUAAAACGUUUAAUUUGCCUAGAAACUCAGCCAGCAAAGCUGUGAGUUUAUCUAAAACAAAGGAAAAGCUUAACCGGAAAAGUUACGUUUGUCGAACAACUCGAGUUGAAAAACUUUCCAAAAGUAAAAGCCACAUCAGCAACCAUAAAAGGGAACCAAUCUUCGUUCGCUAAUCCAGCGCGAUAAGAAAAAGUUUCGGCUUCGCUUGAAGUUGCCUCUCCAUUUUCCGGUCGUUAAAAACCGAUCCAGAUUAUUUCGAUGAUGGAAAUCAAUCCCACCCUCUGCCGGCAAGUGAUCCUAUCCUAUUUUCUAAAGGUACAAGCACAAGACAAAGCGAACCAAGCAACACAAUGAACGCGAAAGAAAAGCUACUCAUUGACGUGCUUGCUUGGUAGCAAAGUGUGGCUAAUUUUCCGAACAACUAGAAGCUCCCGCUUCCUCCUCCAUUGUGCCAAGCGUAAAUUAGAAGGUCAGUGUGGGUGUUUUUUUUUUGGCUUUAGAUUUUUAAUAUUUUGGCUCUCCACAUUUCGCUGUUGAAUUUGGAUCGUUUCAUUUCCUGCGCUUUUUUUUUUUUUGUUCCGAUCCUCUUCCGGGAAAUGUUGGGAAUCCGGCAUUGACCCCGAGAAAUACCACAAACUCUUCGCAAGCAUUUCUGCUUAUUUUUGCUCGCACUACACAAAAAAAAAACGGACGUUCCCGGUCGUUACAGUUUUACCCCUUUUUCUGAAGGGUUUGUAAUGGGCUUUUUCCUUUACGGAAGGGAUGGAAGAUCUCUACUUUUUGCUCUUGCUGCCAUUUCACUGUUGUGCGAUAUUUUGGGGCGCACUUUUCGGGGAUGGUGACCAAGAUUUAAGAGUGUCCUUCGCGCUCGUGUAACCACCAGCAGCUGUUUGGUCUUAUUUUCCGCUGUGCUUUACGGGUUUUUUUGGGCGUUUUAUUAACGAGAUUGAGGAUUCAUUGGGAACAUUCUACCAACAUUCCUCCCUCCUUUUUCCUGUGUGUUUUAUUUUUACAGGAUUGUCCGAUUUGUUGUCUCGAAAUAGACUAGAGAGCAAGGACGGAAAAGGAAAUCCUUUGCAAAAUGGGAAAUCAUUUCAUAGCAAUCGGCUUCACUUGGCUGGUGAUACAUGAGUUUCAGGGGGUUUUAUGUGAGAAAACAGAACGCUGAAACUCCAGUGUUGUUGACAUUGGCAAAGAAGACAAAGUGAGAAGAAUUGAAAUUUAAAGUCACAUGAUUCCCCUUUUGUGCACUGAAUAGACUUAUUUUUCUAAACAUUCAGUCAAUUAAUCAUUUUAUCACAAUAUUGGGCUCGGCAGAAAGGAUAUCCUUGCCAUUCACUCCGUUCUUUUUCACACAAAAAAAGAGUAAUUAAGCUCUACGUGCUUUAUCUAUCAACCUUUGGUAAUGGACAAUACAGAAUGUUUGAUUAAUGAGCUUUAUAUUCAUUCUAGAAUACUCUCAUUUAAUAACUUCUCCUGUUCCAUUUUACUCGGAGCAAGUUUAGUUUUUGAGGAACAGUUUACAUUUCUGUUUGAUUCAUUCCAAUUUGUUUGCCAACCUACACUGAAUCGAAAGGAACAAUUAGGCACUUGAACAAAUGGAAACAUUCAUUUGUUGCCUAGAAAUCGGAUCAGAAUGCAACAUAUUUUUCCUUCACUAUCCCAACGUUGAACUUCAAUUCCCUUUUCAUUCGUUUUAAGAACGGGCAAACAAAAACACACUUCUUUCUUCAAUCCUUGCUGUGAGUUUCUGUAGCAUUCCAUACCCAACGCCAGCUCAACUACAUCAACGCACACUCAGAAAUCGAUGAGCCUUUCGCUCUCCUGAUCUCCGGUCUGUACGAAAAUCCCACCCCAUGGCAACAGGAUUUAAUAUCAUCAGGGUGCAUGGAAGCAGAACCUCCCGCUCGAUAGCCACAGGCACAGCGGGUGGUAAGUGUGACACAAAUUGAAUUGCUUCCAACCACGGCCUACAGACCUGCACGGUUCGUUGCGUACAGCCAUGUAACCCUUUUCGCCCUGCUACAUGGAGCUAGGCUUAUCCUUAGCUCAGUGACACACAUCUAGGAAAACUAUAAUUAACAAGUCAAUUCGAACACGCUCGCUCUCUCUCUCUCUCUCUCUCUCUCCUCUCUCUCUCUCUCUCUCUCUCUCUCUCUCUCUCUCUCUCGCACACGAUGGAUUCACAUUCGAAUGGGCAUAUUGCUACAAGUUUCUUUUUCAUCCAGAACUAGAUGCAAUCAAAACGCAAUACAGUCGACCAUAGCAAAGUGUCAAGUGAUUGGGAAAGUGUGGAGUGUAAUUAAUUUUCCUUACCAUUUGCUUUCGUGCUCUUUAGUUGAAGUGGAGCUCAGUGCGAUGGGGUUUGUUUGAAUGCACCCGAAGACCCGAAGAUGUUGUUGUGUAGCAACAGAAUUGAAGCGAAACGAUUUUAGAAGCAUAGCCUAUUCAACCAAGCGCAAAGAAGCAUGCGGCGUUGUAAAGAGAAGAAUUUCAUAUUGGACUUCAUUUUGCACGGGGUAUUGUUGAGCCAAACACUAGCUGCAGUCCGCACACAUUAUGAGAAUCCCAUCGGUAGAGUGUAUUUCGUAUAACAGCACAAACUAGCGAAGAGUGUGUAGAGACUUACAGCCUACAAUAGCUUGUCGUGCGGAGGGGCGUGUUGUUGAUUUAGAAAAAAAAGGAAAUGUAUCUUAGCUUAGUGAACGAAUGAUGGUAAAUUUCUAAAUUAAUUGCCACCAUUUGUUGGAGACAGUUAUAUAAAAAAGGUAACAGAUCAAUAGCUAACAAGCACAAAACCAUGAACCGUAGAGGAAAAGUAACCCAUCCACAGAUGCGUAUUUAUAAUCGCGCGAUGUAAAACGGUAGUAUUAGCUGUGAUAACCAACAACAACAAAAAAAACUACAAACACACACAAACAUAUAAUAUUAAAAUAGCUACAACCUGUUGAGCUGAAUGUUGAUGGCCGAAAAAAAAAACAAAAUAAUAGCAAAAAAACAUAAAAAAACGAGACUUAGCAGUAGAGUUGGAAGAUAGUAAACACAAAAGACAUUACCAGUAGAACUGUGGACAAUAAAUUUAUUACAGGAGUACAGGCGGUAUGUUUGACGGUGGAAGCGAUUUACAAUCGUUUUUACCGCUCAAUUGGUUCCCGUGUAUAGAGAGAGAGAGAGAGUGAAUGAGGUAAAAGGAAAGCGCCGUAAUGUAUGCAUGUUAUAUUUACAGUAGAUUAGAUUUAAAAGCUUUGGAGAGGGGAAAAAACAUAACAAACCAGAAAGACUAGAGUUGCAUGAUAAUAAACCAACAAUGGGAUGGAAAUGUUUAGCAAUUAAAGAGUGUGUAGUCUGACUGUUCACUAGCUGCAUUCCUCCGCCUCCCGUAACACUUUAAUGUUCAGUGUGUCGAUGGAAUUCAACCCCCCCUAGGAGAGAUAGCUACACGAAACCAACUACAGAAACAAUAACACACAAAACACUGAGCCAAAUAUACACACACACACACGCACAAACCCUAACCAAAACCAUACCCAAUGACAAUACACACCAAAUACCUAAACGUGCAAGACACCCACAGAUUUUAAACUAGCGUAGAUAUUUGUGCAGAGAACAGCGAGACGGAAAUAUUUAGCUAAAUAGUAACGAGUUGUUGAAUGCUUACAAAAAAAAAUGUUUAGCCGCUAGAGAGACGAAUUCGAUGCGAACAAGAUAAUAAAAUGUCAGACACAAAAUGAUACAAAAAAAAACAAAAAAAAACAAGACAAGCAUGAUAGCGUAUUUAGUAAGAGUAUUUAUACGUGUGUUUUUAAGACAAAACUUGCACUUGUUAUGGAAUGAAAAAAAAGCAAAAAGGUGACAGUAAAAGGCGACAAGCUGAGAACGUCAAAUGGAGCUGGAUGGGUCGUUCCCUCCCUAUUGACGUUCCGAAGGUAUUUUGUACCGAAUGGUUAUGGAUUGUAAAGCCUGCAAGCAACCAUUAUCCAAAUCCAAAGAGAAGCGCUAAUUGCGGGGACGAUUGCGUUGUGCUAGGUGCCAAAAUAUAAAGUAAAAAAAUAAUAAUGUUUGACAUUUAGUAUAGCAAAGAAAAAAAGCAGAAAAAACAACAACAAUAACAGCCACAAAACUAUAUUUAAUCGACGUGUUACUAGUUUUAUAUCGAUUAGGUAAAGAGUAAGUGAA